UUAUUCUCGUUUAUCUGUAUACAUAGACCAUUAUGAAUCACAAGUAAACCAACCACUAGGGGGACUUGAAGCGAGAGGAACGGAGAAAGCAGACAGAUGUUGAGUUGUUCGUCGGCGUUCCAAAGAGUAGCCUCCUUAAUGUUCAUGGCUCCCAAGCUAAAGCCUCAGCGACUCCAUCAAAUUGCAGAGACUGGUGCUGAGCAACUGGUUAAGAAAGCUAGGACGAUGACUACCGAAUCCUCAAUGAAAGAUGCUUUCUCUCAAUACGCUGAUUAUCUCAAUAACUUUAAUGAGAAACGAGAGAGAGUCGUGAAAGCAAGUCGUGACAUCACUAUGAACAGCAAAAAAGUUAUCUUUCAAGUUCACAGACUCAGUAAAGACAACAAAGAUGAGGUUUUGGAGAAAGCAGGGAAAGAUUUAGAAGCAGUGAGGGAACAACACUUUGCCCGACUGAUGAAAGAGCUUCAAGGCACUGACUUUUGGAAGCUCCGGCGAGCUUACUCCCCAGGGGUGCAGGAAUAUGUUGAAGCUGCAACGUUUUAUAAGUUCUGUGUGUCCGGGACACUCUCUACUCUAGAUGAGAUUAACUCUAUGCUUUUACCGCUUAGUGACCCUUCUUUAGAGCCGCUGCAGAUCAACAUCCUUGACUAUAUUCUCGGGCUUGCGGAUUUGACUGGAGAGCUAAUGAGGAUGGCGAUUGGUAGAAUAUCAGAUGGUGAAGUCGAGUUCGCACAGAGGAUUUGUCAGUUUGUUAGACAGAUUCACAGGGAACUGUUGCUGGUCGUGCCUCAGAUGGAUGACAGUUACGACAUGAAGUCAAAGAUGGAAGUGAUGCUUCAAAGUGUGAUCAAAAUAGAGAAUGCUUGCUUUAGUGUUCAUGUGCGUGGAUCAGAGUAUAUUCCGCUGCUUGGAGAUGAUGCACCAACGUCGUUCUUAUUGGGAGGUGCUGAUGUUGAAUGAUUGAGAAGUGAGCUCUUUUAUCAUGAGAACUAUGAUCACUUUAGUAUGGAUGCUGCGGAGGAACUUUCAAAGCAGAGGACUCUGAGAUCUCUUUGUUGCAAGACUUUUCGAGUAUGAAUGGCAAAACAAAAUGUAGAAGUUUUUUUUCUUUUGUCACAAUUUUUUUUUUAUCGCCAGCCAGUAGCUUACAUUUGGAACUAAAGUCUAUGGACUCUGACGAUUGCUUUCUUGUUCUAGUUAAAAAAUGGUUUUGGCCUUU